GGCCUUCAUUAGCUUUUAUCAAUAAUUAUUUGAUCUCCUUCUUCCUUCAUCAAAUACACACAAAAAUGGAGAAAAGAUCAUCUUCUUCUGCACAAGAUGUUGAGGUUAGAAAAGGCCCAUGGACGAUGGAAGAAGACUUGAUCCUUAUGAACUACAUCGCCGAUCAUGGUGAAGGUGUUUGGAACACUCUUGCCAAAUCUGCAGGUCUUAAAAGAACAGGAAAGAGUUGCAGGCUACGAUGGUUGAACUAUCUUCGACCCGAUGUGAGAAGGGGUAAUAUUACACCGGAGGAACAACUUUUGAUUAUGGAGCUUCAUGCCAAAUGGGGUAACCGGUGGUCAAAAAUUGCGAAGCAUCUGCCUGGAAGAACAGAUAACGAGAUAAAAAAUUACUGGAGAACUAGAAUCCAAAAGCACACAAAGCAAACCGAUACUUUCAGUGGACAGACUUCAUCGGAACAUAAUACUCAAGUGAAUAUGAUGCCGUCACAAACAUACAAUGUUGUGAAUCCAAUGGAGUUAUCAUAUUAUCCUCCAUGUGAAAACACUGGAAAUAUUUCGAGUUCAUUCACCACUGGGACAAACGAGAACACAUGGAGUGUGGAAGAAUUAUGGUCAUUGCACUAUUGAAUAACCACUAAACUAUAGUAAAUAUCAUGAUUCGUAUACGCAAGUCUAAAACUAAAUGCGAUUUCGAUAUUUUGUUGUUCAUGAUGUAAGUGUGAGUCAUGAUCGAGGUGUUACAUUCAUAUAUGUGUUUGAUGAACUUAACCUAAGAUUUAUUAAAUGAUGCUUGAUCAAUUACAUUGCAA